CUGCACCGAUCCUCCUUCGAUAUCGUCUCCGUCACAUCGAAACCACAUUCUGGACCAUUACAGGGACGAAACGCUGACUUUGUUUAUGAUAUAGCCUACUACAUCAACCGCAAUCAUGGGUAUCUCACGAGACUCGCGCCAUAAGCGCUCCGCCACCGGCGCCAAGCGUGCGCACUACCGCAAGAAGAGAGCUUUCGAGAAAGGUCGUCAACCGGCCAACACUCGCAUCGGAGCGAAGCGCAUACAUCUCGUCCGCACCCGCGGCGGCAACCGCAAGUUCCGCGCCCUCCGCAUCGACUCUGGCAACUUCUCCUGGGGCUCUGAGGGCAUCGCCCGCAAGACCCGUGUCAUCGUUGUCGCCUACCACCCGUCCAACAACGAGCUCGUCCGCACCAACACCCUGACCCGCUCGGCUGUCGUGCAGAUCGACGCAGCGCCGUUCCGCCAGUGGUACGAGGCGCACUACGGCGCCAACCUGGGCCGGAGAAAGCAGCAGCAGGCCAAGGGGGGCGAGGUCGAGGAGAAGAAGAAGGAGAGCCGCGCCCUACAAGAGAAGCACGCCGAGCGACAGAAGACCGCCAAGGUGGAGUCGGCGUUGGAGAGGCAGUUCGAGGCCGGUCGGCUGUACGCCGUGGUGGCGUCACGGCCGGGCCAGAGCGGUCGUUGCGACGGAUACAUCCUGGAAGGGGAGGAGCUGGCUUUCUACCAGCGUGCCAUCAGGAAGUAGGGGAUGUUAUGAUCUAGUCUCGGCGAAAAUUCAUGGUGCUGGGUUGCAUCCGGAAAACUGGUGUAUCGUUCAACUGCUGCAUAGGGCGUUACCAAUCAUAAGAGCGUCAAAAUUCCAAAGACGU